AGGUCUCUUUACAGCUUCGUGGAGCAAUGAGGCCAUUGUGGAGGGGCUGGGGGCCGGCAGGGCUGGACAUCCUCCCUCUCCCCACCUUCAUGCAAUAUUUUCUCCUCGUCCCUCUCCCCUCAGUGCCCCCCCAACACGUGGCAGGGGCUGGCCCCAUGCCUCCCCGAGCAAGGGCAGGUUAAUACCUCAGGGCCAAGGCUCUCGCUUGCCACUCUGCAUCCCGGCUCCAGCUCCUCCGCAGCCAUGGACAGGAUUUUCUCCGCCUUGCUGCUCUCUUUGCUGCUCCUCCUGCAGAGCUACAGAGUUUGGGGGGCACCUCCGCAGCCCAGAGGCACGCUGUGUAGAACCAAACCCACUGACCUGGUGUUCGUCAUCGACAGCUCUCGAAGUGUGCGCCCACACGAGUUUGAGAAAGUCAAAGUCUUCAUGUCGCGGGUGAUCGAGGGGUUGGACGUGGGCCCCAACUCCACGCGGGUGGGUGUGAUCAAUUAUGCCAGUGCUGUCAAGAACGAGUUCUCCCUCAAGACCCACCAAACCAAAGCGGGGCUCCUGCAAGCAGUCCAGAAGAUAGAGCCACUCUCCACUGGGACCAUGACCGGCCUGGCCAUCCAGUUUGCAAUUAGCCGGGUUUUUAAUGACUCAGAAGGGGCCAGGGUGAGGUCUCCCAACUUUAAUAAGGUGGCGAUCGUUGUGACCGACGGACGUCCCCAGGACGGAGUGCAGGAUGUGUCAGCCAGGGCCAGAGCGGCCGGCAUCGAGAUCUUUGCCAUCGGGGUUGGCCGGGUGGAUAUGCACACGCUGCGGCAAAUGGCCAGCCAGCCCCUGGACGAGCACGUGGACUACGUGGAGAGCUACAGCGUCAUAGAGAAGCUGACCCACAAGUUCCAAGAAGCUUUCUGCGUGGUGUCGGACCUGUGUGCCACUGGAGACCACGACUGCGAGCAGAUCUGCAUCAGCACCCCGGGAGCGUACAAGUGUGCUUGCAAAGAGGGUUUCACGCUGAACAACGAUGGCAAGACCUGCAGCGCCUGCAGCGGUGGGUCAGGAUCUGCCCUGGAUCUUGUUUUCCUGAUCGAUGGCUCCAAGAGUGUGCGGCCCGAGAACUUUGAGCUGGUGAAGAAAUUCAUUAACCAAAUAGUGGACUCCCUAGAGGUGUCAGAGAAACAGGCCCAGGUUGGCCUGGUUCAGUACUCCAGUUCUGUCAGACAAGAGUUUCCACUGGGGCAGUUCAAGAACAAGAAGGACAUCAAAGCAGCAGUCAAGAAGAUGGCCUACAUGGAGAAAGGAACCAUGACAGGCCAGGCUCUGAAGUACCUCAUUGACAAUUCCUUUGCUGUUAUCAAUGGAGCUAGGCCUGGGGUGCCCAAGGUGGGCAUUGUCUUCACUGAUGGACGGUCACAAGAUUACAUCACUGACGCCGCGAAGAAAGCCAAAGACUUAGGUUUUAGGAUGUUUGCUGUGGGUGUCGGCAACGCAGUCGAGGAUGAGCUGAGGGAAAUCGCUUCAGAACCGGUAGCAGAGCACUACUUCUACACGGCUGACUUCAGGACCAUCAGCAAGAUCGGGAAGAAGCUGCAGAUGAAAAUCUGCAUCGAGGAAGAUCCAUGUGAAUGUAAAUCUAUCGUGAACUUCCAGACAAAAGUAGAAGACCUCAUAAAUUCACUGCAGCAGAAACUGGAAGCUGUGGCAAAAAGGAUCGAAGCCCUGGAGAACAAGAUCAUCUAAGACCCGAAAACAAAAUGAUUUCCCUCGCUACCGUAACCAAACUAGAACUCCUUCACUGGUAACAGAGGGCGGCUCGGUCACAGUGCUAUGGCCAGCUUGCAUUUUUAUUGAGUCUAGUCUACCUGCAUUUGUUUAAAAGGGAAGAAGUAUAACAGUAGAGCAGACAUUGUAUAAUGGGCAGAGCACUGUGUGUGACUGAGACUAUGCUAAUGUUUGUUGCAUCGUAUAGAGUGCAUAUAUUAAAAAAAACCUGAAAUAUUUGUUUUUGAUUUAAAGCUUAAUAUAUAUAUGUUAAUAAGUACUUGAUUAUGAGUUCUGUGAAUCCUCACUGUAUUCUUCUGCAUCUUUUGUUUCUAUGCACGAGAUAAUUUAAUUUAAAAGUCACAGUGACUUAAAAUCAACUCAGAUGCUGAGUGUAAAACGUCAAAGCAGCCGAUAGCUUAUUAUUGUAAGCAUGACGCAUUUGUCAGUAAGUAGGUGAAAUAUAGUAAUGAUCUCUUGAGCGUGCAGUGCAGGCGACAUAGGAUAGGAUGCUGCUGCUAGCUGGGUUUAUCUAUAGCUGCUGUACAGUAUAAAAAGGGAAAAGCUCAGCUUUCCUAGCCAGUGAACGCUCUCACAACGUCUCGGUGAACAGCGCCUGAGCUAGACCCGCUCUGGGUAAGUCCUGACAACGUGCAACGAGCCGGCAGCCGUGCUCCGUACAGCGCGAGGCUGUGACCACCAGCCCCGGGAGAUGUGCUCCUGCUCCUCAGCUCUCCACGUCCUCAACCCAACCCACAAAACAUCUUUAGAACCUCAAAUACAUGGAACUGCUGCUGGAGCUGCCACAGAUGGAAGCGGUGCCUCCAUCACCACCAUGACCAGGGCUCACCGGCUCCUUCCUCAUCCCACACCUCGAAGCACCUUCAAAGCCAGAAAGCUCAUCUCAGCACCUUCAGGACUCUUCUGCUGUUGCUGGAUUCCCAGCACCGGCAAGACAAAGCACGAGGCGGGCUGGGAGCGCCCCACGCUGCCUGGCCCCACAGCUGGAGCUGGAGCCGAGGCCGCGUCCAUCGCGGCACCACGCGCACCCUUGGACGGGAGCACAGGGGCUCCAGUCUGCAGGGGCUUCUUAUUGUCAGGUUUUUUUGUAUCAAAAUAUUUAUACUUGAGACUAUGUGAAAAGCUUUUCAGAAUAACUUGGCCUAUUCAGAAAUGUCACCAUAGCAGAUGUGUUUCGGGUGAAUAUUAAAAGUGUGCUGAAAAUUUUAAAA